AUGAGCUUGUCAUUGUUCCUGAUCUUUCUGUGCCUGGCUCUGGCCACAGCAGCCACUCACAGAAGUGGCGAUCAAUGCCCAGCCUGUGGGGGACCUGCCUUGGACCUUGAGAACCAGCGGGACUUGCUUCUCAACCUGGCCAAGAGAAGCAUCUUGAACAAGCUGCACCUCAGCCAGCGCCCGGUCCUGAGGCGACCAGUGUCCCGAGCGGCUCUGAGAACUGCCCUCCAGCGCCUCCAGGAGUCCCUAUGGCAUGCACCUCUGGAGGACAGCAGGGCACAGGAGUAUGAGAUCAUCAGCUUUGCUGAGACAGGCCUGUCCAACAUGAACCAGACUCGUCUUGAUUUCCGCUUCUCUAACAAAACAGUGGCUGGCGUGGAGGUCCAGCAGGCCAGCCUCAUGUUCUUUGUGCAGCUCCCUCCCAAUACCACCAGGACUCCAAGAAUGAGGGUAUUUGUGCUAAGCUUACGAGACACCAACCUCACUUGGACUACCCAGCACCUGAUGGAAAUUGGUGCCAGUGGUUGGCACCAGCUCCUGCUGGGACCUGAGGCUCAGGCUGCUUGCAGUCAAGGGCACCUGUCGCUGGAAUUGAUACCUGAAGGCCAAGUCGCUCAGGGCUCUAUCACCCUGGGUGGGGCUGCUCACAAGCCUUUUGUGGCAGCCCGAGUGAGAGUCAAGGGCAGACACUGGAUUCGGCGACGAGGACUCGACUGCCAGGGUGGGACCAGGAUGUGCUGUCGACAAGCAUUCUUUGUGGACUUCCGUGAAAUUGGUUGGCACGACUGGAUCAUCCAACCUGAGGGCUACCUCAUGAACUUCUGCACAGGACAGUGCCCACUGCAUGUGGCAGGCAUGCCUGGCAUCACUGCCUCCUUUCACACUGCAGUGCUUAAUCUGCUGAAGGCCAACACAGCGGCAGGCACCGCUGGCAGAGGCUCAUGCUGUGUGCCCACAGCAUGGCGGCCCCUGUCCCUGCUAUACUACGACAGGGACAGCAACAUUGUCAAGACAGACAUUCCCGACAUGGUGGUCGAGGCCUGUGGCUGUAGCUAG